AAUCGAUUUUCAAAUGAUUUCGAAUAACGAUACUAUUAAUAGUAAUGAUGAUAAUAAAUUAUUAUCGGAUGAGAAAAGUAUAUCAACAACAAAAUUCGAUAGUCAACAAGAAAUGGUGACAACAAAAAGUGAACAACAACAACAACAACAGCAACAAAAACAAGAACAGAUACAGCCGAAAACAAGUGGUGAAAAUUUUGGUCAAAGACAAAGUGAUAGUCCGAAACAAAAUGAAAAACGUUUGAUUAGUUUGACGGAAAAUCUACAAAAAAUUCGCAUUGCUAUUGCUGAUUGGUCACCAAAAUCUGAUUGCGAUGAUUUACCGAAAAGACCCGGUUGGCGAUGUCCAACUUCGAGUAAUCAUCAAUCGACUACAACCACAUUGAAUGCGGAAAUUGAAAAAUUUUCUAAUGAAAAAUUUGAAUCACUACUAAUGAUCAAAUCGGAUACAUCCAUAUCAUCGAAUGGUCCAUUGAAAGAAUUCAUCAGGAAACAAAAACCAAAUGUUUGUCAUCAGGCUAAAAUUACAUUUAAACUUGAUCCAAAUAUUGUGAUUGAAGCAGCACAAAGAGCUGAUGUUCUUGAUCGACAACCAAUACGUGCACCAUCAUUAUCAUCGAUAUCGGAUUCAGAAAAAAAGAAAAAACAACAACAACAAAAACAACCUCAGCAACGGAAAACAUCAUCAAAAGAACGGUCAUCAUCAAUGUAA